AUGACCACCAAAGGGGUCACCACUGACCACUCGCCGCCACUGUACACGGAGUCAGAGACGCCAGAUGAGGUGGUUCAACAAGAUGGUGUUCAAAUUGCGGAUGCAGUCACAACAACGUGGUCUCGCAAGCAUCUGAUUAUUGCUUAUACCAGUAUGUGGCUGGUAUAUUUUGUCAACAAUCUCAAUAGCAGUCUCACCACCAAUCUCUCUGCUUACAUUACGAGUGGCUUUGCGGAACACUCGCUGUUGACCGUAAUUACUGUCGUAACCAGCGUUAUGGGUGCUGCAUGUCUGAUGCCCAUCGCAAAAGUCCUGAACCUUUUUGAUCGAACUGUUGGAUUCGUGAUCAUGCUUUUGAUUGCAAUUAUGGGUUUGAUCAUGAUGGCUGCUUGCAACAAUAUUGCGACGUACUGUGCUGCACAGUCAUUCUAUACUGUUGGACUCACCGGUGCCAUUUUCUGCAUUGACGUGAUAACCUCGGACACCUCGUCGCUUCGUGACCGAGGUCUUGCUUUUGCUCUCACCUCCUCUCCUAGCAUGAUCACGGCCUUUGCUGGCUCUCCUUUAUCAAAUCAAUUCCACGAAACCAAUUGGCGAUGGGCAUAUGGGACGAUUUGCAUCAUUCUCCCGAUCGCUGCGCUUCCUUUGAUUGUGACCUGGGAAAUGGCCAAACGAAAGGCCGACAAGGCAGGUCAAUUACAUUACAAGCAGAAGACACAGCGAUCUUGGAGAGAAGCUAUUUGGUACUACAUCAUGGAAUUUGAUGUGAUCGGAAUCUUCCUAAUGAUAGGCGGCACCAUCCUUUUCCUAACAUCGUUCAAUAUUGCCGGCAACACCGAAGGCCAAUGGCGAUCGCACAAAAUUAUUGCUAUGAUGGUUGUGGGAUUCUGUGUCCUCGUAGCAUUUGUCGCUUACGAGCGAUGGCUGUCCCCGAAGCCUUUCAUUCCAUUCCAUUUAAUCACCGAUCGCACCGUCAUUGGCGCUUGUCUGCUGGAUAUUACCUACCAAGUCUCUUAUUAUUGCUGGGCCAGCUAUUUCACCUCCUACCUCCAAGUCGUCUAUAACACAAGCCUGACCCAAGCCGGUUACAUCAGCGCCAUUUUUGAUUUCAUGGACCCGGUUUGGCUCAUUGGUUGUGGUUUCCUCAUCAGAGUAACUGGUCGCUUCAAGUGGCUUCUCUACUGCGCCUUACCUCUCUACCUCCUGGCAAGCGGUCUGAUGAUUUACUUCCGCUCACCAGGUCACAGCGUGGGAUAUAUGUGCAUGUGCCAAAUUUUCCUCGCAGUAGGUGGCGGAACAUUCAUUCUAAUCGAGCAAGUUGCUGUUCUUGCUGCAGCCUCGCAUGAAGACUAUGCCGCCAUGUUAGCACUUCUCAGCACAUUUGGAAACAUCGGCGGUGCAGUGGGCAGUAGUGUUUCAGGCGCUAUUUGGACAAACACCCUUCCCGUCAAGCUACGCGAGUAUCUUCCAGCCGAAUUGAAGGACCAGUGGUCGGAUAUCUACGAGUCAUUGGACAUCCAACUCAGUUACCCGGUUGGUUCACCUGCUCGCACUGCUAUCCAAAAUGCAUAUGCAUUCAGCCAGCGAUACAUGAUGAUUGCCGGUACAGCGGUAAUGGGGCUUUCCAUUGCCUGGGUGCUUAUGAUGAGAAACAUCAAAGUCCAGUCCAACAAGGAUCUUUCCAAGGUGCUUUUCUAG